AUGGCAAUCGAGGCUUGUGACUAUUCUGGGGCGUGGGAGUGGUCCGUGGAGUUGUUGGGGGCCAUGAAGGAGAAUGAUUUGCCUCCCAGCAGCUUCCCAUACAGCAGUGUGGUGAGCGCCUGCGACCGCGAUCACCAGUGGACGCGCGUACUUGAACUGUUCCAGGAGAUGCAGGAGUACAAAGUCGAGCUCGAUGCAGUCACCUACAGCUUGUGCAUGGGAGGGAGCGGACGGGUCGAGACGAGGAUGUUCGUGGCGAGAAGCAGGGUGCGGAGAAAGGUAGGCUCGUGGGAGCGCUGCCGGCAGCAGGAGGUCCUCGGCUUGCAGGCCCCCUCCGCCGCUCCCUGGCCGGCGGUGAGCCUCGGGGCGCUCGGCGAGCCGCCCCUCGAGGCGCAGUUGUUUGCCCCAUCCAUGGGCUACUUCAAUGGCGCCACGGACGUUGGCGCCGAGGCCUACAGCAUGAACUGGCCCCUCCAGGGCGUUCUGUGGGACUCCGUGCCGCAACUGCACGACCCCGCCGCGAUGCAGUUCCAUCCGUCGUGCCAG